AUGACAUUUUAUUUCGGAGUACUCAAAGAGCCUCGCGGCCUCAUUCGGCUGCUUCAAUUUAUAUUUGCUAUAUUUGCUUUUGCUACAGCCUGUAAUGGUAGUUCUUAUCUAAUUAUAAAAAAAGGUUCAGACACAGGAGCAGUCAAUGUUUCAUGGUCUUAUCCAUAUAAGUUACAAGAUACUCAAAUAAAUACAAACCUUAACAAAAAUCAAUCAACAUUAUCAACUUCAAAUAGCAUUAAACCAUCAGCUGAAUUUUUUGUUUUUACUGGCGUUACAGCAAUGUUAAUAUCGCUUGUAUUUCUAGUACUAUAUAUUGUAACUGAUCGUCUAUAUCGUUAUAAUGAACGUAUUCCUAUAAUUGAUUUUCUUCUCAUAAUAAUAUGGACAAUUUUUUGGAUUGCUGGUAGUUCAGCAUGGGCACAUGGAGUAUCGAAUAUACGAUCACAAACUUCAUUUAAUUAUGUAUAUAACCUUGUGCCGGACUGUUCUGCUGAUCCACAAUGUGAAGAAUAUGAAUCUGGUACUUAUGCCAAUAUAACAGUAUCGGUAAUAUUUGGAUUUUUAAAUUUUUUACUUUGGCUUGGUAGUAUGUGGUUUGUUUAUAAAGAAACAAAAUUUUUCAAGAGUCGUACAGCUCAACAAUAUCCACAACAAAAUAAUUUUUCAAAUAUUUCUGCUCCAAAUAUGCAACAACAAACUCAAACUCGAGUACCAGGUACUAUGGGUUAA